GUAAACAUAAAAAUGGGUUUCGGCAGCAGAGCAGAAUAGUCAACAAUCUGUCUUGUAGUGGUAAAAAUGGACCGCUUUUCUUGGUCAAAUGGGCUCCUGGAAAUAAACGAAACUUUAGUGAUUCAGCAACGAGGUGUCAGACUGUAUGACGGUGAUGAUAAGGCUAAACUUGAUGUUGGGGUUGCCCUGUUGAGCACCCAUCGGUUGAUCUGGAGGGACGUGAAAAACCAUGAAUGCUGCAUAGCCAUGCCCCUGUCACAGAUCGUCUUAUUUGAGGAGCAGGCUGCAGGAAUAGGAAAGAGUGCAAAAAUAGUUAUCCACCUGCAUGCAGCGCCUGCCAACAAGGAGCCAGGUCCCUACCAACAAAGCAAGUACUCCUUCAUCAAGCUGUCCUUCAAAGAACAUGGGCAGAUUGAGUUUCACAGGAGGCUAACAGAAGAGAUGACCCAGAAGAGAUGGGAGAAUACACCAGCCUCACAACCCAUCCCCACAGGAACCGGCUCUCAGGCAGGAAGAACACGUGCCGUGGGGAUUGUUGGCAUAGAGAGGAAGAUAGAGGAGAAGAGGAAAGAAACCGAUAAAAAUAUUUCUGAGGCCUUUGAGGAUCUCAGUAAGCUGAUGGUGAAGGCCAAGGAGAUGGUGGAGCUGUCCAGAUCUAUAGCCAACAAGAUCAAAGACAAGCAGGGAAACAUUACAGAAGAUGAGACAAUUCGGUUUAAGUCCUACCUGCUGAGCAUGGGUAUUGCUGACCCUGUUACCAGGGAAACGCAUGGAUCAGGUACACAUUACCAUAUGCAGCUAGCUAAGCAGCUGGGAGAUAUGCUACAGGCUCCUCUGGAGGAGCGUGGCGGUAUGAUGGCUCUCACUGAGGUGUACUGUCUCGUCAACCGUGCUAGAGGGAUGGAGCUUCUAUCUCCAGAAGAUUUGGUAAACGCCUGCAAGAUGUUUGAGUCGUUGAAGCUCCCGUUGAGGCUGCGUGUGUUUGACAGUGGUGUGAUGGUGGUCCAGCUGCAGUCUCACAGCGAAGAGGAAAUGAUAGCCUCAGCACUGGACAAUGUGACAGACAAAGGCUCUUUGACAGCAGAGGAGUUUGCAAAGUUCUUGGGUCUCUCCGUUCUUCUCUCUAAAGAACGGUUGUUGCUAGCUGAGAAGAUGGGCCACCUGUGUAGAGAUGACUCUGUUGAGGGUUUGAGAUUCUACCCAAACCUCUUUUGACCUGUGCAUUAUUUUGUAAAAAGGGAAAAAAUACUUUUCAACUGGGCUGCACUGUCUCUGCUAAUAGACUAAUGCAUUGCCACUACAAGAGCGUACCGGUGUCUGCUGUACUUUGAGCGUUAAUAUACCUAUUCAGUCUAGACAUGAUUUUUUAAACAGUUGGUGUUCUGUUAGUGGUAGAUCUUUACAAAUCCACUGUAGGCAAUACCAGCUAUGUUUCUUUUUUUUUUAAAUCCAAGAGCAAACUCUGUCUUAAAAGUUAGCAAAGAGAAACUUUUCCAGAAACUGCUCAAAUACUUUACAUGCAGCAAAGUGUUCCCAGAUUUGCUCUGCUUGAUGGAGUGAUCAUCAUGUGCAUUUAGUAAUAAAUAAGUUUGGGAAAAUGUAUAUAAUAAGAUAUCCAGUGUACAUUUUCUUCACACAUUCUUUUGUCGCAGAGCGUAUACUUUCUUUUUUACGAGUAUGGAUUGGUAUGAAAGGCCCAUAGCGUUUUGAUUACAUGUUUUCCAAAGUAAAAUAUACAUUUCUGUAAUAAAUGAACAAGGAGUGAAGCUUUGUCAUGCUGUCUCAUCUUCUGAGGAGGGAGUGAACAUGCCCAGAUGUCCAGCUUACAAUGAAUUUUAAAACCCUACUUCACCUUUCAUAUUGCUUUGGUCUCUCAAUCUUGUCUAUUAAACCACGAUUCAUGUCCCUUUGUUCUCCAGUCAAACUGUUUUUGCAUUUAAUAACUUUUGUCUACAAUACAUUCAAGAAAAUGAUAAAUAAAAUAAAAUGCCUGAUCUGCUGUCAAUUUGGUUCCCAGUGAAAAACAAUAGGGCAUGUGGCCAAAUCACUAUUCAGACAAUUAAUCCUUUCAUUACAGAAGUUAUGUUGUAGGAAGGUCAGUUGUGACAGUUUUGAAGCCAAACUGGAAGGUAAGCACCCUGUUAAAGUGCACUUGUAAAAUCACAUUACCAUGUAUACUCACAGUAAAUCAAAGGAAGAGUAUAACUGCAUAAGUAAUAAUGUAUAAUGUGUGAUAUAGGCAUAUUGUAAUAAAUCCCAUCUGGUCUAACUAGCCUUAUGUCUAAAAAUUCUGCUUUCUGCUAAGAUUGUUACCACUUUAAUUUAUAACCUCUGAGUGUCCCUGUGGAGCUUCUUACACACAGAAUAAACAGUUCUUUGUUCCUAUUGUGAACUGAACUGAACAGUAAAGGGUG